UGUGGCUUUCGAAGAACUUGUCGAUCUGAGGAGCUGAGGACUUGCAGAGAUGCAGAGAUGCCUAAAUGCGGACACCUGCAAGCGAGGCGGCUAAGGAUUCACUUGGAUCACGGUGAGUGUCUGUCACUGACCGAUAUAGAGCCGUGAAGCCCACCUUCCCAAUCUUGUGCAGUGUCCUCCUCUUGUCCUCCUCGUCCUCCUCGUCCUCCUUUUUUCGUGGACACUAUGGCCACUCCUCCGCCUGACGGUCCUUCCUCGCGACCGAUUAUUUCAUCCACCCGUGGAGGACUCUCAUCGCCGCAACUAAAAGUUGCUGUUUCUUCCGAUAGCCACAGUCCCCUGUCGGAGGCUGCACAUGUGCCAACAGAUCCAGCCUUAUGCCAAGACAUCAGCCUCUCAGACUCCCAGCACGAUCUUUUUGCGGCAAAAACUGAGUUUGAUGCGUACUCGGAACCAUUCGAUUUCGACCACCCUGAUUUCUUGGAAGAUUUUGAGCCGUACCGAGAUACGGUGCUUGAACAAGCUUGGGUAAACGACUUCCCUGCGAGCCUUGGUGGACUCUCGCAUUCCCUCGCGCAAUUCGGAGCUACUAAGAGAGCUAUUUCCUCGUCGUCACCUUCAGGCUUCUCACACAAGCGACGGAAAGACGACCAUAAAUCCCCAUGGCCCCCGUAUGGAGAUCAACAAGCACCACCAGGGCAUGAUCAGCCAGCACAACGCCUAACAACAACUCUAAAGCCUCUAGAAGCCAUGUACAAGGCUGUCCAGUCACCAAAGCUACCAUCUAUCACUUCUGCCAUGGCCGAAGAGGUUCAGAAAUCCAAGCGAAGCUUCGCCUGUGCUUUCCGGGAAGCUCAGUCAAAACUAGGGUUGCCGUACACAUGUACAGCAGCCCCAGUAAGCACAGUCUCUGCAGGUCGGACGCACAUGACCCGCAAGUUACCCAGGGGACAACCGCCACACCUAUCUUUCCUCCGGCUUUGCAAGACUUGUAAUGAGGACAUACUCGACGAGCAUGAGUUCGAUACAUUCCAUGGAGCAGAUGGCCUCAAAUGCGAUCACCCAAAAGCACAACGCAAGGGAGAUGCGGGACAGCAAGAACAAUACGAUAUCUUAUGUUCUAAGGUCAUGGCCUACAUUCUCCAACAAGGAAACCUAGGAGAGACAACAACAUGUACCACAGCUGGAAACGACUCUUCACUGAUGCGCCCAGCACCGCCGACAAGUGAUUCAGUCCUUCUUCCUCAACUUUCUGAGCCAACUCAGGAUCGAGAUGGAGCAGCUAAGGAGCGUUCCCGUCAAUUACCGAUUAGUAAACAUCCUCAAAAGCCUUGUAUGGCACGUGAGAACUAGCUCAACGAGGGCGAGCCAAUCUCACAGUCAUCUCUGGACACCGACACGCUUAUGGCCGACCUUCCAAGUACCACUCUACCCGAAUCAAGUUAUCUACUGAGCCCAGAAGAGUGCGAAAAAUU